AUGAGGCAAUAUGCAACCCCAGUAACGCUACUCGGCUGGUACGCCGUGGCGGUUAGCGCCGGGGCCCUCAGCCCUAGGCAGGACGCCGACGUCCGCAGGGUCUGCUGGCCCGAGGGUGUAUCGACGCCUAUGCCCCCCUGCGUUUCCAUCCAAGACAUUGCCUGGAAGUGCAGGGCCAACGGAUCGGAGCCGCUCGCCUUCGAGGCGCACAAGCAGUGCAUGUGCGGCGGCAGCUACUUCAGCGACUGGCUGGGCUGCCAGUCGUGCCUGCGGGCGGCCGGCGAGCGCUCAGAGCGCGACAACGCCCGGUACGCGUCCGUCAUGUCGGCGGCCUCGUCUUCCCUGUGCGGCUCGGGCGCCGUGACCAAAUCCUAUGAGGAGAUCUUCUCGAGCAUGGACGACUCGGCGGCGCCUGUGACAACGGGGGCGACCACGAGCUCGGAUCGCCUGUCCGGCGCCACGCAGGUCAGCAAUUACUUCACCGUGACGGGGACCCAGGGCGCGGGGGUCAUCACGGGAAGCGCUACGGCUGCCACCAACAUGCCCGUGGAGACCGAGACGCGGGGGGCGACCAGUUCCUCGAGGACCUCAGCGACCACGGGAGGGUCCGGUGGGUCUUCGCCGUCGCCGGGGCCGCAGUCAAAUACGGGCAACGGAAACCAGCCGGCGACGACCAGCAGUAGCAGCGGAUUGGGGGCGGCGCCGACGGCAGCAAUCGGAGGGAUGGCUUUGGGGCUCGCGGCGGGAGCUUUGGUGGCAGUCUUGUAA